CAUGAAAAUAAGAUUUCCAAAGGAUUUGAAUCCAGCUUGCAACAACUAAGCAAAACCUAUUAACUCGUUAAGAACUUCCAACCACAUAUAUAAACCAUAUCGUGUCUGUCAAAGCUUUAUUCUUCCCCAUCCAUGUAAUGAAACAUGGCAUUGUUAAGUCACUUGAUGUUUUUUUGCAUGAUGAUAGUUGUGGUCUCAUCAAGAGGUGCGAUUUACACACCUCCAAGUGUUCCACACUUGACAGAUCGUUUCAACCAUGUCCCGAUUAAUCAAGGCUACUCUGAAUUUUUUGGGCACUCCAAUAUCCAUUUGAUGAGUAAUGGGUCCAUUGCCAAUCUCAUCCUAGACAACUCCUCUGGCUCUGGAUUGGUCUCUAGGAACAAAUACAACUAUGGGUUUUUCAGUGCUGGAAUAAAGCUACCUUCUGGUUUCACAUCUGGAGUUGUGAUAGCCUUCUAUCUGUCUAAUGCAGAUCUAUUCCCUCACAACCAUGAUGAGAUAGACAUUGAAUUGCUUGGUCAUGAGAAGAGAAGAGAAUGGGUUCUGCAAACAAAUGUUUAUGGCAAUGGAAGUGUCCACACUGGGAGAGAAGAGAAGCUAUAUCUAUGGUUUGACCCAACACAACAAUUCCAUCAAUAUAGCAUCCUCUGGAAUACUCACCAUAUUGUGUUUCUAGUAGACAAUGUACCAGUAAGAGAGUUCAUCCACAGUGCAGCCAUCUCCUCUGUUUAUCCCUCGAAACCGAUGUCAGUUUAUGCAACAAUUUGGGAUGCAUCCGAGUGGGCAACUCAUGGAGGCAAAUACCCAGUGAAUUACCAGUAUGCACCCUUUGUUGCUUCAUUUUGGGAGAUGGAAAUGGAGGGUUGCAUAUUGCAGCAUCCAACUGCUGACUCAGCUGCCACGUCAUGUUCGCGGAGAGGCUUUUCGAGCUUGGAUCCAGUGGAUGGAGAAGAGUUUGCAAAGCUUUCACAAGAACAGAUCAAUGGGUUGGAAUGGGCAACAAGGAAGUUCAUGUUCUAUUCAUAUUGUAAAGAUACAUCAAGAUAUAAGGUUCUUCCACCAGAAUGUCAUGCCAAUUGAUCCAUGUAUGGAAUUUUUUUUUUUUUUUU